CGGUCAAAAGUCAAAACCUCCCCCAUAAUAUCUAAAUCAGAAAACGAUACAAUUCCCGCUCCCCCAAAUCAUAAACCCUAACACCCAACGCAAUUGAAUCGCCCCAGAGAAGUUCGCGAAGAUGGGGAAGAAAUAGCACAGCAAGGAUCGAAUGUUCAUAACGAAGACGGAAUGGGCUACCGAGUGGGGCGGCGCUAGAUCCAAAGAGAAUCGUACCCCUUUCAAACGCCUUCCCUUCUAUUGCUGCGCUCUUACAUUCACGCCCUUUGAGUUGCCCGUAUGCACCAAGGAUGGCAGCGUCUUCGAUUUGAUGAAUAUAAUUCCUUAUGUUAGGAAGUAUGGGAAACAUCCGGUUACUGGGGCUACAUUGAAGCAAGAAGAUCUUAUCAAUCUUACUUUCCACAAGAAUUCUGAAGGAGAGUAUCAUUGCCCUGUGUCAGAGAUUAGUUACCUAAGUUAAGAAGAUUGAGUUGGAUUUAUAAAUAUUAUAUCUAGUUAGUAUCCCUAAAUCUAAGGGAUUCUUUUUAUUACUAGAAUUAGUCUCUUACCUAGUUUAGAAGUUACCUAAGAUAAGGC